AUCGAAAGAGCUUGCGAUGGAGCUGUACCGCCGGGGGAUAGCCGAGCUGGAGGCGGGGAUCGCCGUGGACUGCCUGGGGCGCGGGGAGGCGUACGAGCGGGCCCAGAGGCUGCAGGAGAAGAUGAGGACGAAUCUCAUCAUGGCCAAGGAGCGACUCGACAUGCUAGAGUCGCUGGUUCACCUGCAGCAGCUGGAGCUGGAUGUGCCCCUCCUCACUACCCUCACCCCCCCAGUAUCCUCAGCUCCCCAAGUCACCCAUGGACCCUCUCGCAAUAUAGUAGGGGCCAGAGCUGUCUCCCCGUGUCGUAGGGGUUUCACAAAUCAGUCCACAGCUCACACAAACAAGCCUCGUGCCCGCGUAGCACCACAGGUCAUGAGUCUUACAGAUUCGGGGAGAAACUCUUCAGAGCGGCGAAAUGGGCCCAGUCUCUCAAAUAAAUCCUCAGAAGGUACCCCACAAUCUUAUUUCUGUCUUGCCCCACCUCUGUAUGGCAUCUGCCAUCCCGGAAUCUUGGCUUUUGCUGUCUUGUGUUCUCUCUUUCUCUCUGUCCUUUCUGUCUCAUAUAAUGCAGUGCCAAGAACCAUUUCAUAAAAUAUGGAUAACAGU